CCAACAACCAGUCGAGGACAAAUAUUCGGACCUCCGAUAUGACCCACGCUGGAAGAGUAAGAAAGAGGAGAGGAAGUUGUUGACUAUGGAAGCAUUAUCAGAGUCUGUAGACAGCUCUACUGAAAAUCUGACUCUGGAUCCACUGUACCCUUCCAAGGAGCCCUCAAUGGAACUCUCGGGGGAGAAAGGUGAACGCAAGAGUAGCCCACAGAGCGUUGCCUCUUUGUUUGGCAGUGAAUUUUUAAGCCCAAACUAUGAGCGUGGUGCCCAUCACAGCCGGCCAUUUUCAGAGCUGAGCGACAGUGAUCUGGGGGAGAAGUCAAGCAACCUCUCUCAUUACUUGAAGAGUUCAAGUUCACAUAAUGAGGUUUUCCUGCCAGGAUCACGUGGCCGUCAGCGAAGGAAGUCCAAACAAUAUUUCGUGGAAAAAAACAAGCUGACUUUGGGAUUACCUAGUCCUAAAACGGACUCUUAUCUUCAACUUCACAGUAAAAAAAGGGGGGACGUUCUCCCAGAACAGAUCUCCUACCCCAUCAGUGUAACUGACAAGACGUCUAUUCAGAACGCCAAAGAGAUUGAAAAUGCUGCCAUCAAUCCUGAAGACAAAUGGCAUCAAAGAGCCCAACAGCUAAAGGGAAGACUUUUGCAAAACAGUCCCCCUGACCGUUUCUCUAGAAGAGGAAAAGCACUAGCAGAUGGUUUCUUCUGGAACCGGUGUAUGGAGUUCUGUGGAGCAGUCUUACACCAGAUUCUAUCCCUGCUGAAGGAGGGCUGUAGCAAGUCCACUUUGAAUGGAAAGGCUUUGGAAUAUGCCAAGACCAUCCCCAAACCCAAACCUUCAAAUCUGACUGGCCAAGUAUCAAAGGAAAAGAAAAAUCCCACCUAUACUCGAAAAGAUGCUCUGCCUGAAAUCUCACUGCUGGAAAUACUGCAGAGCAGACACGAAAGGGAAAAACAGGCUGUGGCUGCUUUCAAAGUCCUUCACAUUGUGUAGACAGCACAUUUGUCAGAGACCAAAAAUGCCCGGGGACUGGACAUGGAGAAAAAACUCCAACCAACCUGUCUGCAGAGAGGGAUGACCCUCUGUCCUCUAGCCACAGCCCAUGUUUGCUUUGAUAGGAUUUACAAUAUGGGGCCUUAUUACAUUAUGGAGCUGUUUUUACUUUCUAGGAAGAUUUUUUUAUUAUUUAUUUUCAAAUCAGAAUUUGGGGUUGAAUAAAAACUAGGGAAUAAAGCCUUUUAGUUUCAUAGUGGAUCUUUCAAUUUCUUAAAAAAUCUCUACCCUUCUUUGCAUAAUGAAAACCUUGAAGUGACCCAGCAAAAAAAAAAAAAAAA